AUGCUGCUUGUGCAAUAUGACAGUGAGAUGGAUACACUAUGUUCGGCAAUUUGGCUAACACGACUGAUUUUCAGUUGCCAGCAUAGAAGAUGCGAACCUUGUUUUAGCAUUUUUUUAUAGCUUUAUAAAGUUCUCUGAAAUAGUAUCGUAUUUUAGUUUGCUACGCUUAGGUACUUACCGUCAAUGGUCAGUACUGCUUGCACAUAGCAGACUUUGUGAUUUCGUUGUGAGUGCUGAUCAUGAAAACUUUUACCACUUUUAUCUAUAAAGAAUACAGGACAAUCUCCGGUGUUGCUGGACCCCUUGUCAUCUUGGAAAAAGUUAAGGUAUGACUAUUUCCCUCCAAUCUCAUUAUAUAUUUUUCAUUCUCUUUCCACAUGAUUAUGGUACUAAUGGUUGUUAUCACUGGUCGAUUUCAGGGUCCUAAGUACCAGGAAAUUGUCAACAUACGUUUGGGAGAUGGCACUACUCGCCGUGGUCAGGUUUUGGAGGUUGAUGGAGAAAAGGCUGUCGUACAGGUUGGUCACUUCCUCCUUUUUGGCUUCUCAGCUCUCCUGUUAAAACUAAUUCUCUAACUGACGCCAAUGGGCUAAUCUGUUGGAAAUUAACACUUGUUCGCAUUCGGAUGUGAGAAAUAUCUACCUGAAAAAUGCGUUCUGACGUGAACAAUGUGAAUCCUAACAUAUGGCAUACCAAUUUGAAAGAUGCCUCAUUAUCUCAUUUGGACAUUAAUGUUGCGUGAUGUGUUCCGCUUCGUUCUUAACCCAUAGCUUAUAUUGGAUUAAUUUUUCCGUUUUGACCUGUUUAAUCCACAGUAUUAUAACUAUGUAAACUGAAAUCUGUUUUCUUAAGUUGACGAAGGCUGUCCUGUACCUUAAUGCCUAUGCUGGGACUAAUUUUUAUAAUAUUUACGGCAUUCAUAAAAUCAUGAAUUAGUUUCUGAAUUAAUCACAGUUAAGCUGAAAUAUGUAUUUCUCAUCGUAAUACGAUGAGCAUGUGAUAACCAGUUGUUUUCUAUUAAAAAUCAUGAAUAAAAUAUAUAACGUAUCUGUCGGCUAACGUCAUUUAUUUGGAGAUAAACAAACACGAAUUGCUGCAUGCUUGCUUAGACAGCCCAAAAUCCUUUUGCGAAUAAAGUUCUUAUUAAAGACUUCUAGGCAACGGGUUGAUCACAAUGAUUCAAAUUUACAGAAAUAUUUUGGGAUCAGUAUUCAUGGUCUUUUUCAUGGUCAGAUAUUUGAUCACAUGCAUGGUAUGCAUAUCUUGAAUGAUUCUUAUCCUUCGCUAUGCUAACAUAUUGUGGUUAAUAUUACUUGGUUUGCACAUGAGUAUACCUGUAUGAUGGAUCAUUGAUAAUACGAAGGAUGUCCUAUUACUUUUUUUCGAAUUCAAAGAAUCUGACUAGUCAGGUGAUCUGUUGUUAAGGACGUAUAUAGAUUAACUUUAAGGAUUUGAUAAGUUGAGAAAUAGUUUUUAUAUCUUAAAUAUAAGCUUUUCCUUAACGUUUUUUGUUGAUCUAUCCUUUUUUUUCUUAGGUCUUUGAAGGAACGUCGGGAAUUGAUAACAAAUAUACAACUGUGCAAUUCACUGGAGAGGUUUGGCUUUUAUUCCAGUUCGCUUAUACUUCCACAUUAUAUGAUAAAGGGAAUUGUACAUGUUUACUUUGGCCUCUUGCUUUACCAGAAAAUUACAGCGAAUAGCCUUAGCUAUUAACGUAGGAAGUUUAAGUCAAUCAUCUCUAAAACGGGCCUAUAAUGAAUUUACCGGCAGUACAUUCAGAUCUUUGAGGAGUAUUAUUUUUUGCAUCUAAUAAUCUUCCCAAAGGCAUCUUCCCAUCUCAAAAGGGGAAAUAUUUUGAAAUACUAACAAGAAAAUUUUCAUGUCGCUUCCAUUCUAUUUUAUUUAUUCUCCAAUCCAUAUUUGAUGCUUCUUCAUGAAGAAUAAUAUUUCUCUCAUUCUUCAUUAGAAACAGAGACCCUACAAUAUUUUUAUUUUUAUCCUCUUUCAUUGCUUAGAUAUUGGUUUUAUAUUGUUCUUAAUCUUUUUCCUGCAGGUGUUGAAAACUCCAGUGUCUGUUGAUAUGCUUGGAAGAAUAUUUAAUGGAUCUGGUAAACCUAUUGAUAAUGGUCCUCCUAUUCUGCCUGAGGCAUAUUUGGACAUAUCCGGUGAGUUGUCACACAGGAAAUGAGGUCAUCUUGUGUUGAUCAUUUGAAAAGAAAUGGAUAAACACAAACUCUCUCUCUCUCUCUCUCUCUCUCUCUCUCUCUCUCUCUCUCUCUCUCUCUCUCUCUCUCUCUCUCUCUCUCUCUCUCUCUAGAUACACACACACAUGUAUACAAAUGCUUUGAUGUAUUUCAUGAAUCUAUGGGUUUACUUCUGGCAUGCUCUUCAAGCUUUAACACUCACUCUGUUACAGGAAGUUCAAUUAACCCCAGUGAAAGAACCUAUCCUGAAGAGAUGAUUCAGACAGGAAUAUCCACGAUAGAUGUGAUGAAUUCUAUUGCUCGAGGACAGAAGAUCCCUCUAUUCUCUGCUGCUGGGCUUCCUCAUAACGAGAUAGCUGCUCAGAUUUGUCGUCAGGCUGGUCUUGUUAAACGUUUGGAGAAGACGGACAAUCUUCUGGAGGUAUGUUGGAUCUCCAAGGAGGUGUUUUACGAGAGUUCAGCCUACGGAAUUCUUGAAAACUAUUUGGUCAAUAGAUUUUUUUUUUGUGUGCUGAUAUACCGAUAUGCAAGCAUGAAGAACUUGCCUGCGUUCCUUCAUUUAAAGCCUGAGAAAUUUUGUAAUAGGUAUGAAUAAUGCCUAUUUCAGGUUUUAUUUGUGUCAAUUGAGGAACGAAAGCUGUAAAUUACAUGGCCACAACUUCAUCGCAGAAAUAAAUUAAUGAGCUAACAUAUGUUUAUUGUGUGAUCUCUUCCUGGUCUCCUUGUUUUGUAGCGUUAUAUCCAAUUUUGAAAAAAAAUUAACAUGGCCUCUUAUAGGGAAAUCCUGAAUCCUUCAAUAAUGAAAACAGUUUCACGUGCAUUUUCCCUUUUCUUACACACAAAUCAGGCUCUUCGUUUGGAUUGUGGCUGAUUUGCCUUAUCCAAUUCAUAAGCCUACCAUGUCACACUUACUUUGGCCGCCCAAUCUGGCUGUGAUUACCUUGAUUGAAAUGCGAAGUGUCAUUACAUGGAACAGUCCCAGCUUGGAAAGCAAAAAAACAGUGAAAAUAGACAUGCCUCAGCUAUAUUCAUGUGGUUUGGGUUUUACUCCCUCCAAUAUUAAAGUGAGAAAAUGACCCUAGCUAAAAAUACGAUAAUUUUUCAUGGCAUGUCUAAAAAUUUUCCUGACUACAACUGGCUAAUAAAUCAAUGAACUAAAGGCUUGGUAAUUAAUCCAUUUCUGUUCCCCGAAGUCGGCUAUUAUGUUUGUGUACUCCAGGUGCAUGGAUGUUUUAUUUGAUCAGUUAUUGGUAAACUCUGUCUUGCUUAUUCAGUAGAUCUUUGACUUUUCUUGUGUUCUUGGAGACAUGUUCUCAUGUCUGCUGUUCUUAGAACAGCAAUUUUUUGACCAUUAGCUUGAUCUAUGCCCGGAUACCUUUUGGCUUCUUACAUCAAAUUUUUUUUCCUAUUCUGUUAUUGACAUAGAAAACGGUUUUUUCUGGAUUUCCAAAGUCUUUGACCGGAAGGUCAUGAAUCUGUUGUAUUUAUAGUUAAUCCAAUGGUUGUGCAGGACGGAGAAGAAGACAACUUCGCCAUUGUUUUUGCUGCUAUGGGAGUCAACAUGGAAACGGCCCAGUUUUUUAAACGUGAUUUCGAAGAGAAUGGUUCAAUGGAAAGGGUGACUCUAUUUCUAAAUCUGGUACGUUGACUGAUCUAGCGACUAUUUCUAAAUCUGGUACCUUCAUACUAGCUCGGGUUUCAUAGAUUUCACCAACUUUGCCUGCGGCCUGCUGCACGUAGAUUUCCCAAUUCGAGGGCACUAACUGAAACUGAUUUCCUUUUGCAGGCAAACGACCCUACAAUUGAACGUAUCAUCACCCCUCGAAUUGCACUUACGACAGCAGAAUAUUUAGCAUACGAAUGUGGAAAGCAUGUUCUUGUCAUUCUAACCGAUAUGAGCUCAUAUGCCGAUGCUCUUCGUGAGGUGACAUUCUGUUCAUUCAUUUGCCCAGUAAUCUUCUAAUAAAUAAUUCCAUCUGGGUGUCGCAUUUAGUCAACCGGGCUAUGUUAAUAAAUUAAAUUGACAAUCACUUAUGCUUUAUUAUGCUUACCAUUCAACUAUGUUCUUCAGAAAUAUUUUUUAUAAUUGAAUAAUCGCACCCAUGAAUUAAACAGAAUGGUGAUCUCAUGUGCCUGCCUUUGUCAACAUUUUUUGGUUUGAAUUGUGCUGGUAGAUUUUUUAUGAAUAAUUUCCAAUCAAUUUCAGGCCAUAUGAGUAUCAUUCAUAAAACCAAUAGAUUAGCAUGAGAAUUACUGUCAGUAGUUCUGCUAGUCUCUUAGAGUAUGUCAAAGAAAGAAGAGCCCCGUUCUUUUUUGGGGAUAAUAAUGAGAUCUCCUCAACAGGGAUUGCCAUAUUUGGAAAAUUAUGUUUUUCCCUGUAAAUAUAAAAAAUUAUCUUGACCAGGAGAAGGUAGUGGGAGCCCAAUCGAUUUAUUUAUUAUUCAACGGUCAGCAUUGUUUUUCUGUGAUGAGCAAUCAUUCAGAGACGCCGUCAGUUGACUCUUCCUGGAUCGGUCAAUGGUGAAGUUAAUCUCGUGACUUCUUUAUUCGACAGAAAUAAUUCCCUUUUUUUCUUUUUUAAAUCAGGUGUCUGCAGCUCGAGAGGAGGUGCCCGGAAGACGUGGUUACCCUGGGUACAUGUACACUGAUUUGGCGACAAUUUAUGAGCGCGCUGGGCGUAUCGAAGGAAGAAAGGGUUCCAUCACUCAGAUCCCCAUCCUUACCAUGCCUAAUGAUGGUAAUGUUCUUCAAUUUCUGUAAUAAUCAUUGCAUUGCUCCUUUUACUAUUUAUGCAGAUAUGUAAGAGAUAACACGAAAAUUUUAAAUAGUAGUAUUUAGUAGCCAAAAAAGAAAAAAAAAAGAGCAAGUUCUUUCAAGUACUACAUGAAUAUCUCUUCCGAUAUUUUCUGAAUUUCUUAUCACUAUCAAUUAAAACAUUAGAUGUAUGUACGCAUGCAUUUUAUAUACGUAUAGGCAUGCAUGCAUGUAUCUAAAAUAUGGUGAUGAUUGAUGGGUUCUUCAGGUAUGUAUGUAUGUAUGUAAAAUAUGGUGAUAAUUUUUUUAAAUAGUAGUAUUUCGAAGCCAAAAAGAGAAAAGAAAAAAAAAGAGCAAACAAUUUCAAUAAUUACGUGAAUAUUUCUCUUCCAAUAUUUUCUGACUUUCUUAACGUUAUCAAUUAAAAAAUUAGAUGUAUGUAUGUAUGCAUGCGCGCAUGUAUGUAUGCAUAUAUUGGGAAUUUCUACUAGUAUUAAGUAAAGUAUGGUGAUGAUUGCUGGGUUCUUCAAGCGAUUCACUUCCUACCUCUCGACCCCUUUCUUCACACGUACUCAUCGUUGGCCUUCAUUCACCUCCAUGAUCCAAUGCUGUAUUUUCUUUCUCCCAGAUCCUAGGAAUUUGAUUUUUUUUGUUUUUUAAUCUUAACUGGACAGAUAUCACGCACCCUACUCCAGAUCUCACGGGGUACAUCACCGAGGGCCAGAUCUACAUCGACAGGCAGCUCCACAAUCGGCAGGUGAUGAGCUUGCCGUUAAUCAUUAUCCAUUUUUGUUUUCAUACUAUGGUUCGAUAGUUUUUUGGGAAAGAACUAAGUUCCAACAUAGAUUUAAUAAUAAUAAUAAACCUUUAUUUUUUUUCUGCAUAUUACUAUUCCUAGUCAUUUUUCUGCGAAAAAAAAACAUGCCUUGAAUUGGAAAACCGUGAUUUGGCAGAAAUUCAUCGAGAAUUAUCUAGGGUUCCUGGGCAUUCACUUUUUUUUUUUCUGCAUACUACUAUUCCUAGUAUUUUUUUUCUGGGAAGAACAUGCCUUGCCCCCGCCGCCAAGAUGAUUCAAGAGCCUGUUACCUCUAUUCGGAAAACCGUGAUUUGACAGAGAAAUUCAUCGAGAAUUAUCUAGUGUUCCUGGGUAUUCGCUCAGUGAAAUAGAAUCUUAUCUCGAAUCAGCUGCGUCAGAUUGAUUCAUGGCGAGAACUGAAGGUUUCCUUUUUUUCCGCAGAUCUACCCGCCGAUCAACGUUCUUCCGUCUCUGUCACGUCUGAUGAAGGUUAAUCUCCUUGCUCUGUGAUUAUUAUUAUUUUAUUAAUGAAGCUGUGGGAUUUGAAUCGGCAUUUGGUCGCAGAGUGCGAUUGGGGAGGGGAUGACUCGGCGUGAUCAUGCGGAUGUUUCGAACCAGGUGGGGAAUUCUCUCUGGUUGGUCUCUUUGAUGACCUUCCUUUGCUCUUGAUCAUCUCUCUCUCUCUCUCUCUCUCUCUCUCUCUCUCUCUCUCUCUCGCUGGAUAUUUUUGUGGUUCUGAAGAGUUGAAUUUUCUCAGCUGUACGCGAAUUAUGCCAUUGGGAAGGACGUCCAGGCGAUGAAGGCUGUUGUUGGAGAGGAAGCGCUCUCCUCUGAGGACCUGGUCUCUCUCUCUCUCUCUCUCUCUCUCUCUCUCUCUCUCUCUCUCUCUCUCUCUCUAUCUAUCUAUCUUUUUAUCUCUUUCCCUCCAUCCCUCCCUCUCUCGCUCUCUCUAUCUCUCUUUAUCUUUCUCUUCAUCCCUCAAUCUCAUUCUUUCGCUGAUUUUGUGGCUGGUUGGGGCAGCUGUACCUGGAGUUCCUGGACAAGUUCGAGCGGAAGUUCGUGAGCCAGGGGGCGUACGACACCCGGAACAUCUUCCAGUCGCUGGACCUCGCGUGGUCCCUCCUCCGCAUCUUCCCCCGCGAGCUCCUCCACCGCAUCCCCGCCAAGACCCUCGACCGCUUCUACUCCCGCGAAUAA